CGCUGCUUCUUGUCAACCAGGCAUCUGACAGUGUCGACAACCUCCUCCAGUCUCACAUGGUAAAUAGUCUUGAAGAGGGGUGUGAUUCAGCACAUCCCCGCUCCUGCUUCAUAUCCCUCUCCAGCCCCACGCCUCGCUGUAUCUCCAGGCUUCGCAGACACGUAUUUGUUUUAACUGUGGAAACAAAGUAGUAAUACCGGUGCAACGCUACCCUCCGCACGGCUCCUCUUCGACGGCGCUCUGCAUGUGCGGAUACGGCGUUAUCCUAUCGCCUAGGCAACCUGGAUUCAGCUGAACCUCAUUAAGUACGGUCUCUGAUCAGCAUUUCGAUUGUUUUUCUCUCUUUCUCACUGGACAGACGUACUACAGAACCCGAAAGCAGCGGCUAAGGUGAAUGCUGGAGAAAGCGAACCGUGUCUAAUUUCAAUAUGCCAGUCAGAAGGGGUCACGUAGCGCCGCAGAACACUUACCUGGACACCAUCAUCCGGAAAUUUGAAGGGCAGAACCGCAAGUUCCUGAUUGCCAAUGCCCAGAUGAAGAACUGCGCUAUAAUCUACUGCAAUGACGGCUUCUGCGAGAUGUUUGAGUACUCGCGGGCAGAGAUCAUGCAGCAGCCCUGCACCUGUGAGUUCCUGGCAGGGCCGGGCACACUGAAGACUGCGGUGGCAGAGCUGGCACAGGCCCUCCUGGGCUCCGAGGAGAGGAAGGUAGAGGUGCUCUACUACACCAAGGGAGGGGCCUGCCUGCCCUGCUUGGUCGAUGUGGUUCCUGUGAAGAACGAGGAGGGGGCCGUCAUCAUGUUCAUCCUGAACUUCGAGGUGCUGCAGGGGAGAUCGGCCAGCAAGGGGGGCCUCAGACACAAACUGGAGCAGAGCUGGAUCCGAGCAGGACAGAGCAGGCGUCUGAGGCUGAAGCUGCCGUCUCUGAGAUCCAUCGCUCUGCGGCGCACCUCCCUCUCCACGGAGCAGUUUGAUGGAGUCGUGGUCGACUAUUUAGAGCCCUGCAGUGAGGAGGUGCCCUUGAAGGAGUUCCGGAUCCCCUCGAAGGAGAGCUGUACUCAGUCUGAGACGGAGGCUCUGAUUGAACAGGACCGGCAGCCGGAGCCAAUGAGCCACUCCUCCCCCAAGCGCGCGCCCAACCGUCUGGACCCGGACACACCCUUCAACACGGGCAGCCUGUCCCGAACACACUCCCGGGACAGCGUGCGGAGCCUGCGCCGGGCCUCAUCACUCGACGACAUUGAUGCCAUAAGGGGAGGCUGUGUCCCAAACACAGGCGCUCCGAAUGCCUUCAAGCCCAGCCUGCUGAACUCCACCUCGGAUUCGGACCUCAUGCGCUACCGCACCAUCCACAAGAUCCCCCAUAUCACCCUGAACUUCGGGGACCUGGGCGCGGAGAAGCUGCGCCCGGCCUCGGCCACGGAGAUCGAGAUCAUCGCUGCCAGCAAGCUGAAAGACCGAACGCAGAACGUCACGGAGAAGGUCACGCAGGUGCUGUCGCUGGGUGCCGAUGUGCUCCCGGAGUACAAGCUGCAGGCUCCCCGGAUCCACAAGUGGACCAUCCUGCACUACAGCCCCUUCAAGGCAGUGUGGGACUGGCUGAUCCUGCUGCUGGUGAUCUACACAGCGGUGUUCACACCCUACUCAGCAGCCUUCCUUCUCAACGAGCAGGAGGAGGAGCUGCGCCGGCGCUGUGGCUACACCUGCAACCCGCUCAACGUGGUGGACCUCAUCGUGGACAUCAUGUUCAUCAUCGACAUCCUCAUCAACUUCCGCACCACCUACGUGAACAUCCACGACGAGGUGGUGAGCCAGCCCGGCCGCAUCGCCGUGCACUACUUCAAGGGCUGGUUCCUGAUCGACAUCGUGGCAGCCAUCCCCUUCGACCUGCUCAUCUUCCGCUCCGGCUCCGAUGAGACCACCACUCUGAUUGGCCUCCUGAAGACGGCUCGGCUGCUGCGAUUGGUGCGUGUGGCGCGGAAGCUGGACCGCUACUCCGAGUACGGCGCGGCAGUGCUCUUCCUGCUCAUGUGCACCUUCGCCCUCAUCGCACACUGGCUCGCCUGCAUCUGGUACGCCAUCGGCAACGUGGAGCGCCCUUACAUGGUGCACAAGAUCGGCUGGCUGGACGGGCUGGCCGACCAGAUCGGAAAACCCUACAACGAUAGCAACGCCUCCUCCGGCCCCUCCAUCAAGGACAAGUAUGUGACUGCGCUCUACUUCACCUUCAGCAGCCUGACCAGCGUGGGCUUCGGGAACGUCUCCCCCAACACCAACUCCGAGAAGAUCUUCUCCAUCUGCGUCAUGCUCAUCGGCUCCCUGAUGUACGCCAGUAUCUUUGGUAACGUCUCUGCCAUUAUCCAGCGGCUGUACUCGGGCACAGCGCGCUACCACACUCAGAUGCUGCGGGUGAAGGAGUUCAUCCGCUUCCACCAGAUCCCCAGCUCCCUGCGGCAGAGACUGGAGGAGUACUUCCAGCACGCCUGGUCCUAUACCAACGGCAUCGACAUGAACGCGGUGUUGAAGGGUUUUCCUGAGUGUCUGCAGGCUGAUAUCUGUCUGCACCUGAACCGCACGCUGCUCCAGAACUGCAAGGCGUUCCGAGGGGCGAGUAAGGGCUGCCUGCGGGCGCUGGCCAUGCGCUUCAAAACCACCCACGCCCCGCCGGGGGACACACUGGUGCACUACGGAGACGUGCUGACCGCCCUGUACUUCAUCUCGCGCGGGUCCAUCGAGAUCCUGAGAGACGACGUGGUGGUGGCCAUCCUGGGAAAGCAUGACACUUUCGGGGAGCCCAUCAGCCUGUACGCACGCCCUGGCAAGUCAAACUCAGACGUGCACGCGCUCACCUACUGCGACCUGCACAAGAUCCACAGAGACGACCUGCUGGAGGUGCUGGACAUGUACCCCGACUUCUCAGACAACUUCUGGAGCAGCCUGGAGAUCACCUUCAACCUGAGAGAUGCAGAUCGAAUUAUCCACUCGCUGCCCAGUGAAGAUUCGGACUGCGGGUACCGCCGGCCACGACGCAGGAGAAACUCUCUGCACAGACGUAACCGACCAGACGGGAUGGACAGAGAGGACUCGCACCCGGACCAGUCCUGCCCUCAGCUGCCGAACCACCGGGGGGCAGUGCCGAGGCAGCCCUGGGAAGAGCUGUGCAGCAGCCCCAGCCCCUGCUCUGAGUCCAGCGAGGACGAGAUGAAGCCACUGGGGCAGAGCAAGGGGGAGCUGUACCCACCAAGGGGCGAUAAUCAAGACUACCACCCCACCAUGGUCAACCUACUGACCCCCAGCAGCAACACUGCACUGGAGCAGGGACCCCCAUACACAGCGGCCCCCCUCAACAUGCCCAGCCUCUUCACCUACUGGCCGGAGAGGCGGCCCAGUCAGUACUCAGAGAGCCAGCGGCGCUCCUCCUCGGUCCAGGCUGCGUACCGGCCGUUGGCCUGCACAGAGGACCGUCCCAGCAAGCUGGAGUCCCGCCUGGAGCUGCUCCAAACACAGCUCAACAGGCUGGAGUCUCGGAUGACGACCGAUAUCAGCGUGAUCCUGCAGCUGCUCCAGAGGCAGAUGGCUCCGGUCCCUCCUGCCUACAGCGACGUCUCGCCCAGCACCCGUCCACCUGCUCUGUACUGCCCCGGGGCCAAAGUCAUGCACACCACACAGCCCGUUGCACCUGUGCAGGUGGACAACCUGGCCUCCCCCUUACAGAGCCCCGACUCGGACAAGUUCAACCUCAAGUCUCGGGACUCCCUGUCCAGCGGGAUCCAGCUGCCCACCGUGGCCUCUGAUGAGACGAUGCUCAUCUACCCUGAGCCGGAGCAGGCAGCCCACGGGCUGGGCCCCCCGCGGCCCCUGGUGAUGAUGGGCCCCUCCGGACUCUACAGCAGCAUCCGCUUCCCCUCCCUUCCCGAGCACCUAGAGACCUCCACAGGGCUGGCUGAGAUCCAGAGGCACGUGUCUGACCCCCUCCUGCCGGGCAGUUAGAGCCACACCACCCCCACCCACCUCCCUCACUGCCCACCCCAGGAACUUCACUUUGAGAGACCCAGCAGAUCAUGGAACUGGUGCCUCAGAGCUGCUUCCCCCAGGAGGACAUCACUGUGCUUCCCUGGACUGCUGCUGGAAGGAGCAGCCCCACCUCACUGGCUAGUUACCCUGCUGUAGAGCUCCCUAGGGGGGCUGUGCUGUUGAUCCUCUUCACUCCCAGGGGGCGCUGUUGAUGCCUCGUAGAGAUUUAGGGAACUGCCCUGUUUAUACAAGCGCAGGAUACAGACUGUUUCACUUUUUGUUUUCUUUUCAUGUUCAUAAACAAUGUUCUCUCUGAACUGUAAACUCCAUUCUGCCUCAGAAUACUGUCUGCCUAUGAAUACGAUCAUUUCAAGGAUAAUCUGCUCGUAGUUUGAAAGCUGUUUCCAUAGAUUACAAUGGCUUUAGUGCCGACGUGAGUCCUCUGCUAACUGACUUGAGGAUGUUCUGGUCCCACCCCUUUGUUAAGUCUGCAGUUGCAGCGUGCCGUCUUUCUAAGACAGCAGUGCAGGACACUCAGGAGCACAGGGAGCUCUUUUCACCUGUUCACUUCCUGCAGCACAGAGCAGGGGGAGGGGCUCCCUGCUGAUGCAAAUCUGUGCCCCGAUUCUGAGGUCUUGGAAUCGCCCUGAUCCACUGUGGUACUGCAAGUCCUGAACAGCAACAACUGUGAGUCAGUCAAAACCCAAGUGUCCCGUGUACUGCAUUACCAAUGCAUACAGUGAAAACAAAUCUGAAUAAUUUAAGCACAAGCAGGGGGCUAUCGACUGGCGCAUCCGGUAAAGGCGCUCUGCGUGGAGUGCAGGAUGCGCCCUAUAGCCUGGAGGUCACUGGUUCGAAUAGCACAGGCUAUUCCAUUGCCAACUGUGGACGGGAGCUCCCAGGGGAUGGCACACAAUUGGCCGAGCGCUGCCCUGUGGGGGGGUUUAGCUCACCGCACACCAGUGACCCCUGUAGACUGUCUGGGCACCUGCGGGCUUGCCUGUAAGCUGCCCGGAGCUGUAGCUCCGAGGUGGCUGCAUGGCGGGCCUGCAGAGUCGGCUGACAGCACACGCUUCAGAGGACGCUUCAUCUCUCCUGAGUCAGCACAGGGGUGGCAGCGGUGAGCCGGGUUGAAAAAAAAAAAAAAAUGGGGCUUUCCAUUUUAUACAAAAUAAAUAAAUAAUUAUUAAUUUAAGCACAUGUCAUUGUAGACACUUUAAUAUCCUCUACAGAGUUUAGAAGUGAAGAAUCACCUGCUGGUACUAAUGACUCAAAUUACACAUUUAGACCCUUUUGGUUGGUUUCACAGACCCUGAAUAGCACUAGUCUUGGAUUACCCAAUGUUAAUUUAGGUAAGGUAAACCAAGAUUAGUGCUAAUCCGGGUCUGUGAAACCAGCCAAUAAAGUGUCAGUUUAAUAGUGAUGCUGGCAGAUUAUUGUUUAAAUUCGUAGGGGUAAAUGAACCUGGAGAAUACUGGAUCACUUGCUGUACCUGUGUUGAAAAGGAGAGGUACCUGAAGGAUAUUACAUAGUGGAAGUGUUAUGAGCCGAGUGUAAAAUGUAAAAAAGAUCAGUAAAUGUGUCAAUAAGUUACUAGUUAUUAAAGUUUUUAAAUUCUGAA